AUGGUUGCUUGCUUUCUAUGGCUUUUGUUGCCAUACGCAGCAACUACUUUAUCUGCCUCCGUCCCAGGAUGUGUACCUAGCGGAGCAUUGCUGCCGCGUCCAACAGAGCUGAACCAGUCACAGAAUAUCAAAGAUGCCACUGAGAGGCUUUCUCGAUCUCUGGAUGAUGCAGUCUCAGGGAGAAUAAAAGCAGGCUGGGAUAUCGCCAAUACGUCGUUCUCAGUUUCUAUCGUCUCUCCCAACGGCGGAGAUCCAAAAACCGGCAUCCUGUGGGAAUACCAUCAUCUUGCGGAGAAGAAUGUCAAUGGGACCAAGCAUCUGGACAGUAACUCGCAGUAUCUGAUUGGAUCGGUAUCAAAAAUAUUCUCUGACUUGCUUCUUUUGAAGUCGGACGUGGAUCUACAAGAUCCAAUCACGAAAUACCUUCCGCAGCUCAAAAAUGCAUCUUCGCCGAUUGAUUGGGAUAAUAUCUCCCUGCUCUCUCUUUCAGAACACCUUUCUGGGAUUCCAGCUAAUACCAAACCCCUAUAUCGAGCACUUGGAUUCCCACCCCUAAACAAGAGUGAUUACCCUCCAUGUGGAAUUGCAGACUUGAAUAAAGGGUGUACACCAGAAGAGCUUCUUACCGAGCUUGUCGACUCUCAUCCGGUUGCUGAACCUUACGAACGGCCGGUUUAUUCCCAGCUAUCGUUCACGCUUUUUAGCCUAGCACUUGCCAAUGAGACUGGUAAAGAUUAUGCUCAGAUGCUAGAGGAACAAGUCAUACGUCCACUCAGUCUAAGAAACACUGGUUUUUCUCCUGGAGAAGAUAAGCGUGCGGUUAUCCCCAAUGUUGAGCAGCAGGGAUGGGGUGCCGAUUAUGGAUAUAAUGCUCCUGGCGGCGGCUUGUACUCCUCGUUGAACGAUCUAUCCACCCUUGUCACCAAAAUCCUCGAUUACUCCAUCCUGCAAAGUCCCCAAGCUACAAGGAGAUGGCUCCAACCAAGAUCUGCUACCUCAUCACUUAACACUCUCGUCGGCCAACCUUGGGAGAUUCUACGGACUUCUGGUAUGACUCCUAAAUAUCCUCAUACGAUUGAUAUAUAUGGCAAAAGUGGCGGUGCACCGGGUUAUAUUUCCCAAAUCAACGUGAUUGAUCAAUACGGAGUUGGUGUUGUUCUUUCUACAGCCGGGCCAUUAGAUUCUAAAGCUGCAUAUAUCAUCAAUGAGGCCGUGCUCAGUGCUAUACUUCCUGCUGUUGAAGAUGAGGCUCGCAAACAGGCAGGAAUGUAUGUCGGUGAAUAUACGAGCCAGAAAGGUGACAACGAAGACGCAACAGAUAAUGCCCCUAUCAAGCUUAAAACGAUCAUCGAUAACGGCACGGGCAUUAAGCUGGAAUCCCUCUCACGCAACGAUUCUGAUAUACUUGAAGGUAUUCGCAAAAUUUGGUCUGCUACCCUUUCUACAGUGGGCCAGCUUGCUUCGGAAAUGAGGGUAUAUCCUACUGGCAUAGAGAGGCUUGCUACGAACGACAAGAGCCUCGUUGAACAGGACUGGCGAAUUAAUUUUGACUUAAUUCCAAAUGUCAAUGAACAAGCAUCUGAUCUCCCGGGUUUAGGAAAACUUGAGGCUCUUUGUACGUCAUGGCAGACCGUGGAUUGGCUAUAUUAUGCUGGCGUACCGAUGGACAGGAUCGUGUUUAUUGUUGAUAAGGAGGCUGGCAGGGUUGUUGGCGUGGAGAUCCCGUUCCUUCGAAGCGGGUUUAUUCAGAAGUCGAAUUGA